CCCAGUCACUUGCCCUGGCUCCUUCUCACUUUGUACACACCCCCAGCAGGUGCUUUCACUUGAAGUUUGGUUUGCAGUUGUGCUUUAGGCUGUGACUUUCAGGUUAAGUGUAAUUCUAACAAAAAGUGAGGUAGGGUCAGAGGCCUCGGGCUGGGGUCUCUGCGAAACUCAUCAUAUUGAAGGGUGGUGCCCUCUGUCUGCUGCACCCCUGCCCUCAGGUGGCGUCCGCACGUCCCGUCUGAGGCGUGCGCUGAUCGGAAACGGGACAAAAGGCCAUCUUUCACCCUGAACAGAAGCAGAGCUGCUCCGCAUCUGCCAUCAUCCAGUCAAGUUUUGCCUCUGGCCAUCAGCGCAUCUUUGCCUUGGUACCAGUUAUGUCAAACUCAGUGGGCAGUUUAUCAGAAGGCACAGUGUAUGGGUCCAGGAUUGGGAUGACUGAGGACUCCCUCGCCAUUCUGGAGCGGAACAGGGGCUCUGGAGAGCCCUGGGACAUGACGGAGACCAAACCAAACGUGGAAACUCUGGAGCGUGGCAUGCCAGGCCUCUACCUCUCCUGCUUUGACAUGCUUCUCACCGAGGAUGCAGCGUGGCUCGUGAAAGUUUCAGAGGCCACCCCAACGCUGGCUGUACCCAUGACUCACAUGGAGACCCGGGAAGAACCAGAACAGUGCCCGGUCAUUGACAGCCAAGAACAGGGACUCUCCCCGGGGCUGGAGGGCCAGGAGGAGGAGCGUUCUCUGGAGCAGGUGCAGAGCAUGGUGGUGGGAGAAGUGCUGAAGGACAUUGAAACAGCCUGCAAACUGCUCAAUAUAACGCCAGACCCUAUAGAGUGGAACACGGGAAAUGUGCAGAAGUGGCUACUGUGGACAGAGCAUCUGUACAGGCUGCCCCACGCAGGAAAGUCUUUCCAGGAGCUGACAGGAAAGGACCUUUGUGCCAUGAGCGAGGAGGAGUUUCGCCACCGUUCGCCGCAGUGUGGAGACACACUGCACGCACACCUGGACAUAUGGAAGUCAGCUGCCUGGAUGAAAGAGAGGUGUUCAGCUGGAGACACCAAAACUACAGGCAGCGAGGAGCUUUGGUCUGAGGCCGAUUCGUCCUGUUCCGGUCAGCCCAUUCACCUGUGGCAGUUCCUCAGAGAGCUCCUGCUCAAACCUCACAGCUAUGGACGCUGCAUCCGCUGGCUCAAUAAAGAAAAAGGUAUCUUUAAAAUCGAAGACUCGGCUCACGUCGCUAGGCUGUGGGGACUCAGAAAAAAUCGACCUGCAAUGAACUAUGACAAACUGAGUCGCUCCAUACGUCAGUACUACAAGAAGGGCAUCAUUCGCAAGCCUGACGUGUCUCAGAGACUGGUGUACCAGUUUGUUCACCCAGUAUGAGGCUGCAGCAGAGUGGGAGGAGGAGGGGGAGGAGAUGGAAACCUACAAAAUUAAAAGGACACGCUAUCUCACCAUGCACUUGAACACCUAAACCCAAGAUGAAAAGGUGACAGAGAACACGUGCACUGACCAACCCCAAUGGUACACACUUCUACUGCCAACACUGAAGCAACAGCUGGCAGCUGCUGCAUGAAGGCUUAUCUGUGCACGGGCCGAGAGGAAGAGACAAAACAAUGUGGCUGCUGAGGCUUUUUCCUGCAGAAUGAAACAAACACAGUUUAAAAAAAACAAAAAAAAAACAUUAAAACGAAAUGAACUGCCUUUUCAUUUGCAUGAUCUGCCUGUUUAUUUUUCCAUAAUGUGAUUCUCAAUUGUCCUUUACUCAUUACGAUAAACAGUUAGAAGUGAUAGCUCUCACGUACCAGCUUCAGGAAAACGCCCAUCGCCCACAGCUACAUUUGCUUUGUCUUUUCAUUUAACUUGCCUUGACCACGGUUUCUGUUUGAAUUAGAGCCCGUUUUUUUGACACGGUUGAACAUGUGGUUAAAUUGUUUUGCUUCUUUUUUGGGUUUGGUCCUGGUUACACAUGCAAUCAGUCAAUCAGCUCCAGCAACCCAUCGACUGCAGGACAAGGACUCCUUUUUUUUCUUAUUUGAUUCAAGGGUGAAAACCUUUGGAGGAUUGUUGAAACCCUGCUGUGACUGUGUUUAUAAUAACACUUUUGUUGUUUUUAGUUUGUUUUUUUUCUGAUGUGUAACCUGGCAAAGACUCUUGCAUUCCCUAAAUAUUGUUUCACUGCUGAGGAGCCCUGCUUUGCAUUUUAUGUUUUCGACUCUGGUUUACACUGCUGUAUAUUGCAUUUUAUGUGCUGGGUGUUUUAUUAUGGAGACCCAAAGUGUUCAAAAUAAAAUGAAUAGAAAAUGAAAUAAACAAUCAGAGACAUACACACAGACACGUCAUACAACCAUGAAAUUAUAUAAAUGAAUCAAAGGAUGAUGUAACAUUUCAUAUCUAAAACUUAUUUUCACAACAUAUAUUUGAUCUGAAUUUAUUCUUUUGAGUAUUUAUUUCAGGUUUUAUUUAUACAUUUCAUUUUGAAUGCUUUGGGUGUCCAUAUUUCGCACUCAUUUGGUUCUUGCCAUAGUGCUUACUAUUUUCACCUGGAGAGAUGACCUACAUGUCUGCCUGAGCAAGGAUAUGAUAUCUGAGCUUAAAACAAGGCUCAAUAAACUUCAUUUUCUAGCCCACCAUGCAUGUGUGUGGUGUAUUUGAACUAAUAACAGUUAAGCAAUAUGUGUAAAUCCAGCCCAUUUUAUCUGAAAGCUCACCAGUCAUCAUGUAAUUACUAAUGUUGCAUGUUUGUUGCUAUUUUAUUUUUUGUCUCACCUCUAACUGAUCUUUCUUUGAUUUUGUCCAACAGGUUUUAAGAUUUGUUAUAACUGCUCUCUCUAUGAAGUAAGCCAGAGGGAGACUGGCUGCCAAGAAAACAUGGCCUUGAGCUUAGUUGAGCUGUUUAAUCUUGCAGGUAAAAAGAGGAAACGCAUUCAUCCGUGCGUAUACUGUACAGGUUUAAAAUCUCACUGAGAGAAAUGUGAAUUUAAAGAAUCAAGCGGAGUUAAGAUGUCCAUGCUGAUGUGAUAAUACCCCAAGAAAUGUGUCAUGCUUCAGAUAAUUACAGCCUGUAGAGAACAAACAGAGUUACAUCUGUACCUAUGGGAAGAGAGGGCAGAAUAUAUUAGUAGGCCUCACCUGCUGCUUCACCGCUGUAAACAACAACAACCAUUUUAAUCCACCCUGAAAAGAUGCCGCCACGCAUCCUUAUUAACUCCUUAUUUUAUUUUAUUUUACAAUUUUCUUAUGACUUUUCACCUACUUUGUCUUCAUCCUUGUCUACAUCAAAAUGAAUUUUCAAGUUUUGAAAGUUAAUUUUGAAAACAGCAGUCUGAGGCGAGCCCAUUUCCAUGGGAAUAAAAAAACAUAAACACCAUCCAACCACAAAAUGUACUUAAAAAAGCAAAUAGAUGUUUUGUAACUGUUUUUUUUUAGGGUUGACCUAAAAUAUCAACAGAUAACAACCACAAAUUAUUAGCAAUCUGCGCAGGUUGGCUAAUGUGGAUUCAGUUAUUACACCACAAAGAAAUGAGGGUACUAUCUUUGAAAUAAUAUCUAUGUGUUUAAUAUGUUAUGUACCUGUUGAGGAAACAGUCUUGUCCUGGGGCACUGUGGGAAUUUGACUGGUCUGGGUAACUGCUAGCAGGUGUGUUGAUUGAACUGGAUGAUACUGAAGGAUUGUGUUUGUGUUUGUGGGAAUCUGUCUCUUGAUCUGAUGCAUUAUAUGACAAGUCGCUUCACAAAGAGCUGAAUGUGGUUACUGCUGACCUCUAGUGCCAGAAACUGUUAUUAAGUUUGAAGUUAAACCCAAGAGGCUGCAGCAUUAACCUUAGUCCAACUCCUUCUCAGGCUAGAUUAAAAGUGAGGUGAUACAUUUACAUAUGUACAAUUUUAACGUAUGUAUACUUUAUUUAAGUAUUUUCAUUUUAUGCUACUUUAUACUUCUAUCCCAUUACAUUUCAGGGGAAAAUAUUACUUAUAUUAUUGUGUUUUAGCAGCACUAUUGAGUCGAAAAUACAGGCUUAUAAAGGAAACUGUGACUUGACACAUCUUUAAACAUCUCUUUACAU